CGAAAUCUUUUAGUCGCCAACUGGCAGCGUGAAAAAUUUUUCUGUGCGGUCUUAGCGUAAGCGAUGUAGGGUUCCUUGAACAUCCAAAACCAUCUUCAGAUCGCUUCUUUUCGGUGUAAUUAUAUAAAUAUAGACAUUAUUGACGCUGCACCAUGGUGCGUGUGCCGAUUGUUAACUCCAAGACCUACUCGACGCCGCGGCGACCCUUCGAGAAGGAGCGUCUCGACCAGGAGCUGAAGCUGAUCGGCGAAUACGGUCUGCGGAACAAGCGGGAAGUCUGGCGCGUCCGUUACACCCUGGCCAGAAUCCGUAAGGCUGCUCGAGAACUCCUGACGCUUGAGGAGAAAGAUCCGCGACGUCUGUUCGAAGGUAACGCUCUAUUGCGUCGUCUGGUGCGCAUCGGUGUGUUGGACGAGGGAAAGAUGAAGCUGGAUUACGUGUUGGGUCUGCGGCUGGAGGACUUUUUGGAGCGCCGCCUUCAGACGCAGGUUUUCAAAUUAGGUUUAGCGAAGAGCAUCCAUCACGCGCGCGUCCUCAUCCGCCAGCGCCACAUUCGGGUGCGCAAACAAAUGGUGAACAUCCCUUCGUUCAUCGUCCGUUUGGACUCACAGAAGCACAUCGACUUCUCGCUGCGUUCGCCCUUCGGCGGUGGUCGAGCAGGACGCGUCAAGCGCCGCAACGCCAAGAAGGGCAAGGAUGAGGGAGCCGGCGGCGAUGAUGCCGGAGAGGACGAAGAGUAAAUGAUACUUUAUUGAUGCUUUUCUGUUCUGUUUUCUGCGUCACUUCCACUGUAUGAGAAAAAUACAAUAAAAAAGCGGUUUUCAG